AUGGCUGGUCAAACCAACGGCACCGCGAAAGCUCCUCUCAUCUUAGCCCUCGCUCAGGACAUCCUGAAAAAAACUCAAGAAGUUACUUCGUAUCUGCAGGCCAACAACAUUCAAACCCCUACGUUCCAGCUUCAAUCGAGCGCGACACCUGAGACAGUUGAGUACCAGGAACUCUAUGAAGGCCUGAAAACAUCCUUGGAGGACCUUGAGCAACUGAUUGAUGGUCCCAAGAAGUUCUGGCGACAAUUUUGCUGUCUUCCGUACGACCUGGGAGGUCUUCAAACUGCGCUUGAUUUUGGGUUCUUCAACUCAGUGCCGAGCAACAAACCCAUUCCUCUGAAGACACUUGCAGAAAAUGUCGGUCUCGACGAGGAUCGCGUGAGCCGCGUCGUGCGCCAGUUAAUAACAUACCGGAUCUUCCAGGAACCAGAAGCUGGUCUCGUCUCCCACAGCCCUAACUCCCUCAUCAUGAGUCAGGAUGAGGAUUUUCGAUCCAUGGUUCAUUACUCCGCGGAUGAAAUGUUCAAGGCAGCUGCCGACUGCGGUGAUUGCUUCAGGGCAAACCCGUCGAAAGCUGACAGUGAACACAAUCCAUUUGUCACGCACCAUGGCGUGGGGAUUUUUGGCUACUAUGCCAAGUAUCCCGACAAAGCCGAAAGGUUUGCAAAGGCAAUGGCUGGCUGGCGUAAAAUGGAUGCACAUCUUGAUAACCUGCUGAGGGACGGGUUCGACUGGGCACGCCUUCAUGGCACAGUGGUCGAUGUUGGGGGCGGCAAUGGCCAUGUCUCCAGGAGUUUCGCAAGCCAAUUGCCACAUCUGAAGUUCAUCGUGCAAGACUCAAACAUCGAUAUGCUCAAUCAAGGGAAACAGAGACUUACGGAUGAGAUUCGUGAUCGUGUCUCAUUUGUACAGCACAGCUUUUUCGACCCUCAGCCGGAAAAGAAUGCUGCAGUCUUCCUCAUCCGCCAAUGCACCCACAACUGGGCAGAUCGCGACGUUGUUAAGAUCUUGAAAAGUUUAGUACCCGGUCUUGAGAAUUCUGGUCCCGAUACGCCGCUACUCAUCAAUGACAUUGUUUUGCCAGAGUUAGGCAAGUGGCCGCGGCAUCGUGAGAGAUUGGCUAGACAAGUCGACAUGAUCAUGCUGGUCAACUGUGGAGCUAAACAACGUACCAGGGCAGAGUUUGAGACUCUAUUGAAAGAAGCGGACCCCCGAUUCGAAAUCCACAACGUCCUUGAUAAUGGUCCGCUGGGUCUGCUCGAGGUUUAUCUCAAGCGAUGUUAA